AUGCGCGGGAUUUUGCAGUUGGGAACUUGGGAACAGUUCUGUGAAUUCGAGAAGUCCGGAGUUAAGGAAUUUUCAAGUCCAAUAACGGAGGAACUGAAGCAGACAAACGCAAAAGUCUGGAAAGCUUUUGAAGAAACUAUCGAAAAGAAAGAAGAUGUUUACUAUGUGCGCCUUCCAUGGAAGAAGGAAGCAAGCGGACUUCCGGACAAUAAAUCGAUUGCAUAUCGUCGUCUGCAAGCAAAUCUUUCUAAGCUUAGGAAGGAUCCCAAUCUAUUGCAGCAGUACGACGACACGAUCAAGAGUCAACUCGAGCUGGAUAUCAUCGAAGAAGUUGCUGAGGAUUUCAUAGUCGAGGAAGGAGAAACUGUGCACUACAUAGCAAAUCAAGCCGUUGUUACGCCGCACAAAAGAAACUACCAAGCUACGCAUUGUGUUCGAUGCUUCAGCACAUCUAAGCAAUUCCCCGUCGCUGAAGGACGUUCUUUAUCAAGGACCAGUCAUUCUUCCGAAGAUGCGGGACAUCUUGCUCCGGUUUAG